AUGGCGAGAAAGUUCCUUGGUGAGGAUCUUCUAUCUCAGUUAGGAAAGAACACCAGAGACGACAUUUUUACCAAGACGAGCCAGGAAUACAUUGCAGAAGUUUGCUUUUCGAGCUAUGCACGUCCUGGCCUGAAGUUUCGAGAACGAUCCUUGAUGAAUAUCGCGAUGCUCACGGCUUUGAACCGAGGACCGGAACUACGACUUCACAUCACAGCAGCGAUCCAUAACGGCCUGACAGAAGAGGAAAUUUGCGAGGCUUGCAGGCAUGCUAUGAUCUAUUGUGGGGUUCCAGCAGGCAGAGAUGCGUUGGCAAUUGCUAGUGAUGUUUUGGCGUCGGUGAAGAGCAAGUCCAAGGUAUAA